UUAGCCUCCAUUAAACUGAGCUUGAAUCCAUUCUUGCACUGCAUCAUUCAACUCCAAGGUACCAUGGGAAGAACAGAUGAAGCAGGCUCAAGUGUUGCUGCACCAAAGCUGCCAAAGAGAACAAAUGGGAAAGCUUGUGCUUCAGAACCCAAAGGGAAAUCAGUUGCAGCUAAUGUCAAAACAAAGGGGAAGGGCAUUGCAACUAGCUCAAGAGCAAAUGGGAAGUAAAAGAGAGCUGAGAGGAGCUCAAGUGAGGAGUUAAGUGAGGAAGAUGCCAAUGUCGUUUUACCUGCAGCUGAACCACCAAAGAAGAAAAAGGUGGUUAAGAAGCCAAAAGCAAAGCCUCUGACUUACUCUGAGUACUUGAGAAAGCUUAGAGCUGUGAAACAAGAAGAGACUUUCUACCCUGACCUUGAUCUGCUGCAGAGACUUGGGAUUCUCGAUGAGGUCAGGGCUGUUCUUCACACAAUUGGUCUAGGUAACUUGAUGGAGAUGCCACAUCCUUCUUAUAAGGAUGUCACUUGUCAGUUUCUUGCUUCUUUGCAAGUAAACCACCACAAUGAAGAGGGACCGGACAACAUUGCUGCUGGUUUUGGGUCAAUAGAGUUCAAGAUCGGUAAGGACCAGUAUAAGGUAACUUUCAGAGAAAUCAGUGAUGUUUUUGGGUUCCCUGUUGAAGGAAGAAGAUGCCUCAGGAAACUGGCCUACUAUGGAAAUGAUUUGCAACAGUUGUGGUGGGCUUUAGCCGCGGGUUCAUAUGAGGCUGGAGUGAGCAAGGCCGCGGCAAUUAGGAGUCCUGUUUUGAGAAUGGUGCACAAGAUCCUGGCCCACACAUUCUUGGGAAAGAAAGAGUAUUGCACAGUAUAUGAUGCUGAGCUGAUGAUGACUGGUGAGGGGCUUAAACCUUUGAUGCCUUCAUUUAAAAGUGGACAGAUUUUUUGUGGUGGUUCUCGCAAGCCUACAAUGGCGGCUCUGCUUGUCAAGAACUUCAUGGCCAUUAAGAAAUGGGCGCAUAACAACAGAAUGAAGGAGCCAAGUAUGCGCAUUGGAGGCCUGAUCACUCCCAUCUUGAAGCAUAUUGGAGUUGAGCUAAGUGGUGAUAAGAUCGGCUACAGGUUGAUGGAUGCUUAUCAUCUUAAGAAGAUCAACUAUCUUCAUGGCACUGUUGGAGAUUUUUAUGCCUACAACUUCACUCUUGAAGAUAAGAUUACUGCUAGAGUCUUGUUGCCCAAUCCAGUCCUUACCUCACUUGCAGAGAGAAAGAACAUUGCUUUUUAUAUCACCAAGGAUCAGUACUACAACCCAGAGAUUCACCCUCCUGUUCAGCUGAUCAGAAAGCCCAAUGCUGCCAAAAAGCCGCGUGUGAACACACCUGCUGAGGAGCCAAACCAUGUGGUUAUACCGAGCCUGAAUUGCCAAGACCAAUCUAUGGGAGCCGCAGGUAUUGUCUUGAUCCUUAUGAUGGCCCCAUGA